CCCAGCUGCAGGUACCCCAGAGGUGUCGAACCGCAGAUUUUUUCCGGUGUGUCGGUGACAUGCUGCCUGCAGGAGCAUCAAGUGCAUCCCGGCUGCAGGUACCCCGGAGAUGUCGUACCACAGAUUUCUUCAGGUGUGUCCGUGACAUGCCGCCUGCAGGAGCAUCAAGUGCGCCCUGGCCGCAGGUACCCCAGAGGUGUCGAACCACAGAUUUCUUCCGGUGUGUCGGUGACAUGCCGCCUGCAGGAGCAUCAAGUGCGCCCUGGCCGCAGGUACCCCAGAGGUGUCGAACCGCAGAUUUCUUCCGGUGUGUCGGUGACGUGCCGCCUGUAGGAGCAUCAAGUGCACCCCAGCCGCAGGUACCCCAGAGGUGUCGAACCGCAGAUUUCUUCCGGUGCGUCAGUGACAUGCUGCCUGUAGGAGCAUCAAGUGCGUCCCGGCCGCAGGUACCCCAGAGGUGUCAAACCGCAGAUUUCUUCAGAAGUUUUUUGCACAUUUUGUGGGAAAAGUGGCUCAACCCUUGGGAGUCAUCCGAGUCCCCAUAUCGAAGAAAUGUCGUACAGGUUGGCCUUUGUCGUGAAUAUUCACGAGAGGAGAUGAACAUCCUGGGUGUCCUCAGUGUGGCCCAAACUGAGCUGCUUCCCCCGGUGCCAGGAAGACGAGCGUCCCCUCGUCUCCGUCUUAGUCUCAGUGGCUCUUGCAUUUCAUGCUUUAGAAUCAAAGGAAAGAAACAGGCUCCGUUCGGUAAAGCAGAGAUGAAGGAGGGGUUUGUCAGUCAGGGUGGGCUGCGUUUUGCUCUUGAAACAAUCCCCAAGUUUCAGUGUCGAAAACCACAGGUGUUUUUUUAUCCUGCCCACAUGUGGAUCACCGAGGGCAGGGGCCAGAAGGAAGAGGGUCAUCUGGCUCACAGCCUUGCACCAGAGGCGUCACGAGAAUCAGGAAAAGUUCUCUCCUCUCAUGCUGAAGAUGGGAGGGAAACCAGAGGCAUUGGUGAGCCCCGAGUCGGCCACGGGUGUGUGGAGGAUCGUGGCUUAGCAGGCCGGGGACAUGCUGUUAAUGGACUUCCUGCUGUGGGGGUGAGGGCUCCGUGCUCCAUCCCUGAUGUCCUGAACACACCUGCCACCUCCCCUGUCCCCUUGGCAGAGACGUGGCCGGUGCUAUCGUGCCUUUCGCUUUUACCUCUGUCUUAAAUCACACAGGACAUUAUGUUGUUUUAUGUAGUCAGAGUUCAUUCGGAUUUACCCGUGCAGAUACCCUGUUCUUUUUCUUGUUCCGUGGGAAUUCCCUGGGAUUUACCCACACAGACACCGGCUGCUUCUCCUUCUUGUUCUGUCCUGCAUUUCUCACCUUCUAAGAGGACCAUUUUCUCUUUGCCUGGAGAACACUCUAGUGUUUUCCAUAGUGUGUGUCUGCUGGUGGCACCCUCUCGUUUGUUUAUCCCAAAAUGGCUUUUUCCACUUUUUUAUUUUGAGACAGAGUUUCAUUCACUCUUGUUGCCCAGGCUGGAGUUGAAGUGGUGCGAUCUUGGCUCACUGCAACCUCCAUCUCCCAGGUUCAGGCGUUUCUCCUGCCUCAGCCUCCCGAGUAGCUGGGAUUACAGGCAUCCGCCACCACGCCAGGCUAAUUCUUGUAUUUUUAGUAGAGACGGGGUUUCACCAUGUGGGCCAGGCUGGUCUUGAACUCCUGACCUCAGGUGAUCCACCCGCCUCGGCCUCCCAAAGGUGCUUCCCCCGCCCCCCCCGCUUUGAUUCUUAAAGGUGAUUUUUGCUAAGAAUGAAACUUUACUUUGCAUUUAUUCGUUCGUGUUUUGGCCCUUUAAAGAUAAUAGUCUCUUGUCUUCUGGAGAGGGUAGCUGCCAGUCUACUUACUACUUUAUUGGAGACAGUCUUUUAAGUUUCCCUGGCUGCUUUUGAGAUUUUAUCUUUAUUUGGUUUUCAGCACUUUUGCUGUGAUAUUCCUAGAACAAGUUCCCUUUGUGUUUAUCUGACUUGGGGCUCUAGGGUUCAUACUUGUUUCAUAAGCUGUAUUUUCUGUCGAUGUUUUGUUCACUUUAGAAAAAUUCCUAGCCAUGGUCUCUUUGAACAUUGCUUACUGGCCUCUCCUCUCCUUUUGGGACUCUCAUCACCCACAUCUCGUCUGGAUCACUGCACUUAAUUCUUUAACGCCUCUUACACUCUCUCCUCUGGUUUCGUCUGAUUCAGUUUGGACAUUUUUUUUUCUUUUUUUUUUUUUUUUUUGAGUUUUUGAGUUGGAGUCUUGCUCUGUCGCCAGGCUGGAGUGCGGUGGCACAAUCUCAGCUCACUGCAACCUCCGCCUCCCGGGAUUAAGCGGUUCUCCUGCCUCAGCCUCUGGAGUAGCUGGGACUACAGGCACGUGCCACCACACCCAGCUAAUUUUUGUAUUUUUUGUAGAGAUGGGGUUUCACCACGUUGGCCAGGCUGGUCUCGAUCUCUUGACCUUGUGAUCUGCUCACCUUGGCCUCCCAAAGUGCUGGGAUGACAGGAACAUUUUCUUUGAUUUAAAUUUCACUGUCACAAAUUCUUUCAGGUGUGCCUUACCUGCCGUUAAACGCAUCCUUGAAUUUUUUUAUUUUUCAGAACUUCUACUUUUUAUAGUUUUCAUAUUCUUAGUUUUCAUUUUUUUCACAUCCUGGAAUAUAUUAAGCAUGGUUUAAAAUCUUUGUUUAAUGUCAUCAUCUGGAGCCUCCGUGGCUCUGUUUCUGAAGGACGGUAUAUCAUACAUGAAAAGCAUCUCCACCAAGCCACAGGAACAAAACAUUACAGAAAUGCUUUGAGGCCUGGAAUGUUCUCCUCUCCCUGAGAGACUUGACGUUGGCUCUUGACGGGAGGUGGGUGCUGGCCAUCAGGGUCACCUCCGUCGGGUUUCGGGACGUGAGAGAGGUCAGUGCUGCGCUGGCCCAUGUUUUACACCUAUUUCUAGGUGUGUCCUCCGGGUUAGAACCUGGACUCCCGUUCUCCUGCUAGCUGGAGAUGCUCCUGGAUGCACUGUUGGGGGUUUCUGGUUCUUGUGGCACCCCCUGGAGUCAGCCAUGAGCCAGGGAGAGUUGGCCCCCGCUGCUCCGUCCCCCUCAGGUCUUCGUGAGCUCUCUGGUGACUGCAGGCACUUCCUGCGUGUUUUCAUUUUGUCUGGCUUUUAAAAAUGUGUUAGUGGAGGGUUGGUUCGUGUUAUCUAGUCUGUUAGUUUUUUAAAAAUAUUCUUCAUUUUGAAAUAAUUAUAGACUUACAGGAAGUUAUGAGAUUAGUAAUCUGUGCUUCCCACGCUUCCUCCGCGGUGACUCCGGGUACGACAGUGUUGGACCCGGGACCGUGGUGUCGAGGCCCCGCCUCUAACUGGACUGCAGGCCUGUGCGGUUUCGCGGCUUCGUGUGUGUGGAGUGGCCAUGUGUGUCUAGUUUCAUGCGGAUUGGUGCCCUGUGUAGAUUUCUGUAACUGACUCGACACUCAAUCAGAAACCUGCGUCCUGCCCUUUGCGUUCUCACCCUGCCCCCCUGCCGCCAGUCUGUCCCUUCUAGAACAUGCCAUGAUUGACUCGUAUGGUCGUGGCAUUUUGAGGUGGGCAUUUUCUGUGAGCCUGGUGCCCUGAGACCCCAUCCAGCUGUCCAUGUGUUCACAGUUUGUGCCUUCCUAGCCCACGGUUGGGUUUUACCAGAGCGCAUUCAACCAGCACUCAGUAAAGUACACCGGGGCUAUUUCUAUCUGUUGCUGUUGUGAACAAGGUUGCCAGGAAAUUCCUGUGCGAGAUGUGGGUACAAACCUUUUCAUGUCUACCUCUAAGUCCCGUGUGCUCUUUCGUGAGAGGCUGACACCCUGCUCAUUCCACCGCUGAGCCCCGUGUGCCGUUUCGUGAGAGGCUGACGCCCCGCUUAUUCCACCGCUGAGCCCCGUGUGCCGUUUCGUGAGAGGCUGACGCCCCGCUCAUUCCACCGCUGAGCCCCGCGUGCCGUUUUUAACUUGAUUAUAAAAUACAUUUAAAGUUCACAUGCAGGGUGCAUCUCCAAGAAAAUUAUUUUAAAAACUAGUUAGGACUUCCAUUUCCCAGUCCUUAAAACACGUCAGAGUAGUACUGUGUUCAGAGCUGAAAGGAUUCACACUGUGACAAAGGUGUGGUUUUGGUGAAAAGGGGAACGCAUUGAGCGAGCGAUGGUGUUACAGGUUCCCACAUGCAAGAAUGUAAAAUCGUAUCUAAAACUAAAUGUGAGAGUAACUAAAAACUUACGCAUAAAAACUACCAUCAUAAAAAUCCUUGAAGAAAUUUUGGGAGACGUUGUAGGACAAUGUCAGUCUCUGAAGAAAACUUCUUAGUUUAGAAAUUUUCAAAUCUGCACAGAAGUAAAGAGAAAUAGUUUACGGGGCCCAGAGUCUCGCCCGGCGUCCCUGAGCACAGACCCUUGUUUUGUCUUCCCAGUGCUUCCUUUCUCCUCCCUCCCCUGAGUGUAAAGCAGACCCUGAAUGUCAGGUCCCAGCAGACCCUCGCUGGGUUUUUCUAACUGGUGGUGAGAACUGGUUUUCUGGGGUUUUUUCUUUCUUUUUGUUUCCCCCCUCUUGGCAUAUAAUCCCCAGCUAACAGAUUUUAUAAUAAUAAUUCCACGAGGCAGAAACAAAAGGAGAUGAUUAUGUUGGGCCUUAUAUUGAAGAAUAGACCAUGUAUAGGUUGGUAGGGAAAAUAGAGAUUCAGAGUAAACGUCUGUACUGCAGUCGAAAGGUAAAAAGUUAAUUAGUGUACAAAGACUAAAUUGUAAAAUUGCCUGUGACGAGGUAAAGGAUCCAGUAUGAAAUGGGGCAGAGCAGACGUGUGGGCAUUUCAUGCAGGAGAGGAGCAGACCCACGUGGCCGCAGACGGUGAGGGUGCCGGCCUCACCUCGGAGGCAAGGAAGUACCAGGUUACUUCGCAUUGAGGGGACCGUUAUCCUCUUUCUAGUCGGCCACGGUUGGCGCUGAAGAAUCUUGGUGCUGACAGACCAGAGCAGGGUCUCUCGUGGACCAGGAGUUGUCCGGUCUGUUCAGUUUGCUGAGUGGCAGUAUCUGUGACGAUGGGAAGUGUGUGUGGUCCCUGCAGGUGCGCCG